ACAGGUUGCACAUGGCAGCUAGUCUGUCUUCUAUUCCCUAAUCUGGCUGUUGCUUGUAAGGGUGGAGCUAAUCCAGCUUAGCAUCUUAGCAUCUGCUUGGGCGGUUGCUCGGCGUUAAGACGAAGACACUUCACCACCACAGGGACGUAAAGAGACAUGCGAAAUUGCAGUAUUCACUGACUCCUAUCACCAACUAUCACCUUAUCUUCAAUGACUCCCUACAAUCUCCCAGCAGACGCAGUCUGGUUCGUCACCGGAUGUUCAUCAGGCAUCGGGUACGCCCUCUGCGAAUAUCUGAUCAAGCACACGUCUUCCCGCGUGGUCGCCACAGCCCGCAAGCCCACCACCCUAGCUUGCCUACCGGACGGUCCAAACAUCCUCAAGCUCGCCCUCGACGUCACCUCUGACGCCUCCAUCCAAACCGCACUGAACUCCACGCUCUCACGUUUCGCCCGCAUUGAUGUUGUAGUCAACAACGCCGGCUACGGCGUUAUGGGCGACACCGAAAGCAUGGACCUCCCUCGGGCGCGCGGCGUCAUGGACACCAACUUCUGGGGCGCCGUCCGCGUCACCCAACUCUCCCUCCCUAUCUUGCGCGAGGAGAACAUUAAGACUGGACGGAGAGGCGGUCUGGUGAUGCAGAUCACCAGCAUGGGCGGCCGCGUCGCGUUUGCCGGCACGACAUUCUACCACGCCAGCAAGUUCGCUUUGGAAGGCUUCACGGAGGGCCUCUCCAAAGAACUACCUACAGAAUGGGAUAUCCACUUCCUCUGUGUGGAGCCCGGCGGCGUCAAGUCGAAGUAUGCCGAGACGGGCAUGAGCACCUUCGACGAGGCUAACCGUCUGGAGGUGUAUAAGGAUCCCAACAUGCCAACGAAUCAGCUGCUGAAGUAUAUUGAGAGUCCUGGGGCGGCGAAAAAUUGGGCUGAGCCGGAGCGGGUAGCGGAGGUGUUAUAUGGCUAUGUGAAAAAGGGCGGGGAGAUGCCGCUGAGGUUGCCGCUGGGGAGCGAUGCUUGGGGGCUGUUGAAGGCGGCCGCGGAGAGCAAUGCGAAGGAAUUGGAGGUGUUGAUGGGAGUUAGUUGUAGCACGAGUGGGAAGGAGCAGUUAGAGAGCCUUGACUUCUUGAAAUAGGCGUUGGGCAAACGGAGCAUAUGGGUGUGGAGGACGGAACACAAGACCGUGCUCCCUCGUGCGGGGUGGACAAGCAUUACCUACAC